AUGGAUGACCUGGACCUGACUACCCAGCAGUUCGCUACCUGUGUAUCGGUAUUGUUCGCUGGAUACCUACCGUUUCAGAUUCCGUCAAACUACAUCAUCUCUCGCAUUCCACGACCUGGACUUUAUAUUUGCUGCGCUGUUGUCUGCUGGGGAGCGAUCUCUGCGGCCACGGCUGCUGUGCAGUCCUACUCUGCCUUGGUGGGAGUUCGAGUCGUGCUCGGUGCAGUCGAAGCCGUCUUCUUCCCUGGUGUGCUAUACUAUCUCUCUGCUUGGUACACCAAGAAAGAACUAGGAAAACGAUAUGCCGGUCUCUUCAUCGGUCAACAGUUGGGGAACGGAUUCGGAGGGCUUAUCGCCGCCGGGGUCUUGAAACUCGAUGGUAAACACGGAAUUCGCGGAUGGCGAUGGCUCUUCAUCGUUGAGGGGGUGGUUACCGUGGGAUUCGGUAUCAUCUUUGCUUUCGUAAUGCCCGAAUUUCCUCACAACGCGCGAGUUCUUAAACCAAUCGAGCGAGACCUUGCUGUAUGGCGGUUGGAGCAAGAAGCUGGUGCCGGCGAAGCUCAUGAUGACAUCUCUACCACUAGAGCCUAUCUUUCCGCCUUGAAGGACCCGAAGGUUUACAUGCUCAUUGGCUGCAUGAUGUGCUCACAAGCGAUGGGUUCUGUUGCUCCUCCAUAUAUCUUCGCGUGCUUCAUCUUCGCUGGCAUCUCGUGGUGGUCGGACCGCAAACAAAUCAUGUACUGGCCGAUAAUUGUGUGUCUCUGCAUCGGUAUUGUCAUUUACAUUAUCGCCAUGACUACUCUCAGUGUCGGCGCUCGAUACUUUGCCAUGAUGUGGACGCCAGUUGCCAAUGUCGUGCCGCAAUUGUUCAUCUAUAACACGCUCUCGCUGCAUGUUGCAAGGCCAUACCCUAAGCGGGCUGCAGGUCUUGCCCUGAUUAACGCAAUUGGUGGAACCUCGAAUAUUUGGGGCUCCUAUGUGUGGUUCGCACCUCCUCAUUUCUACGCUGGGUUCGGCAUGGGUCAGUCGCCCUUCUUCCAAUAG